CAGGCGAGGCCGCCGUCCGCCCCUUCCGCGCCGAAGCCGCGAGCCCCUUUCCGCGCCCGCCCGCCCGUCCGCCCGCGCGCCCGGCCCUGGAGACCAUGAGGUUCCGCAUCUACAAACGGAAGGUGCUGAUCCUGACGCUCGUGGUGGCCGCCUGCGGCUUCGUUCUCUGGAGCAGCAAUGGGCGACAAAGAAAGGCCGAGGCCCUCGCCCCGCCGCUGCUGGACGCCGAGCCCGCGCGGGCUGCGGGCGGCCGGGGCGGGGACCAUCCCUCGGCGGCCGUGGGCCUCCGCCGGGUCUCCAACGCGUCGGCGGCUCCGCUGGUCCCCGCCGCCCCCCAGCCCGAGGCGGACAACCUGACGCUGCGGUACCGCUCCCUGGUGUACCAGCUGAACUUUGACCAGACGCUGAGGAACGUGGACAGGGCCGGCGCCUGGGCCCCCCGCGAGCUGGUGCUGGUGGUCCAGGUGCACAACCGGCCCGAAUACCUCAGGCUGCUGCUGGACUCCCUUCGGAAAGCCCAGGGCGUGAACGACGUCCUCGUCAUCUUCAGCCACGACUUCUGGUCCACAGAGGUCAAUCAGCUGAUCGCCGGGGUGGAUUUCUGUCCGGUUCUGCAGGUGUUCUUUCCUUUCAGCACCCAGUUGUACCCCAACGAGUUUCCAGGCAGUGACCCCCGAGAUUGCCCCAGAGACCUGCAGAAGAAUGCAGCUUUGAAAUUGGGGUGCAUUAAUGCUGAGUAUCCCGACUCCUUCGGCCAUUACCGAGAGGCCAAGUUCUCCCAAACCAAACAUCACUGGUGGUGGAAGCUGCAUUUUGUAUGGGAAAGAGUCAAAAUUCUUCAAGAUUACGCUGGCCUUAUACUUUUCCUAGAAGAGGAUCACUACUUAGCCCCAGACUUUUACCAUGUCUUCAAAAAGAUGUGGAAGUUGAAGCAACAAGAAUGUCCUGAGUGCGACGUUCUCUCCCUGGGGGCCUAUACUGCCAGUCGCAGCUUCUAUGGCAUUGCUGACAAGGUUGAUGUGAAAACUUGGAAAUCCACAGAGCACAAUAUGGGUCUGGCCUUGACCAGAAAUGCUUAUCAGAAACUGAUCGAGUGCACAGAUACUUUCUGUACUUAUGAUGACUAUAACUGGGACUGGACUCUUCAAUAUUUGACUGUCUCUUGUCUUCCAAAAUUUUGGAAAGUGCUGGUUCCUCAAGUUCCUAGGAUUUUUCAUGCUGGAGACUGUGGUAUGCAUCACAAGAAAACCUGUAGACCAUCCACCCAGAGUGCCCAAAUUGAGUCACUCUUAAAUAACAACAAACAGUACAUGUUUCCAGAGACUCUGAUUAUCGGUGAGAAGUUUACUAUGGUACCUAUUUCCCCACCUAGGAAAAAUGGAGGGUGGGGAGAUAUCAGGGACCAUGAACUCUGUAAAAGUUAUAGAAGACUGCAGUGAAAAAUCACAAAAGCAAAAGUGACGGUCUUCUAUUUUUGAUAUUUGUCCAAACAGGAUAUAUAUACAAUUGAAUAAAAGUGUUUAGGAACUGGUUUCUGCUUUAAUACAAAAUAAAUUCUUGUAAAAGGUGUCCAAAUACAUAGUAAUCUUUUCCAGUUAUGUUUGAUUAAGAUUUAAACUGAAGUUUUCACUUUGGGAGUAAGGGUUUGAAAGCUCAGUCUGUAUCUGCUAAAGGUAAUGAUUAUUGUUCAUUGAUAUGAGAGAAGAGGGGAAAUUUUAUUUAAAUUACAUCUAUUAAUCUUUUUAUCUGAAACUUUGUACACUUUUCCACUUUCAGAACUUUAAGUACAACAAAAUUUAUUUAAAACUAUUGUACCAAUAAAAAAGUAUUACAAUGAAAUUAUUAGAGUAUUAAUGGAAAAAGCCCAUUUGACUCUUGACACAAUUAUAGGAAGGGAUUGCUUCACUGGUUUCAUAAUCAAAAGUUAUGUUUGUUAAGCACCCUGUCAGAACAGUCAUUUUCAGUAUUACAGGUUUCUGUAGUGUGUUAAGAUUUGCCUGUGCUCUGGAACCUUCAUAGAACACACUUUCUUUUGGAAUGUAUUUGAUUGAUAAGAAAGUUUAAACAUUGUUUUCACCUCAAUGUAGAAAUACAGUGAUUUUGAUUUUUUUUCUUUUAGUGCUGCCAAAAUAAAAUACUCGUUUUUGCAUAAAAAGUUCCUAAUCCUUUUGCAGAAUAAGUUCUGUUUACUCUUUAUACUUAAAUUCCGAAAAGGCAUUCUAGAAAAUUUGAUAGUAUUAUAUCUCAGUAUUUACUAUCUUUACAUUGUAUAAUUGAGUUUGAAAGAAAAUCCAGCUCAUGACAAUGCA